AAAAAGAAAAAAAAAAAAAAAUCAGAGAAAAGCUCGAGGACAGCCGCAUCCCGCUCAUGGCCCGCAAGUUCAUGGUCCGUGACUUAAACCCCAUCGAUCCCGCCAGACUUGCACCAAAACCAUACGUUGAGAAAUACUACUUCUUCUACGGCACGCUCAUGGACCCAUCCAUGCUCACCCGCGUCCUGAACCUUGAUCAUAAACCCGACCUCCGCCCUGCGUAUAUCCUCAACCAUAAGAUGAAAAUGUGGGGGCCGUAUCCGGCUGUUUUGGACGGGGUUGCAGAGGGGCAGAGGAUUAACGGUGUGGCGUAUAAGGUUAAGUCUGAGGACGACGAGAAGAAGCUGGCUGCUUAUGAGACGGGGAUGUAUAGGGGGAAGGGGGUUAUGGUUCAUUUUGGGGGUGGGGGCAAAGAGAAGGAGAGGGUGGUUGGGUGUAUGUUUGUUUGGAAUGCGGAUGAGGCGGUGCUGAAGGCCGGGAUGUUUAAUAUGGGAGGUUGGUUGGAGUGGGAGAGGAGGAUGGGGGAGUAGGCAGAUGGCAUUGAGACUGGGAGGGAUUUGCUUGAUGGCUGUGAGCCCUAAGGAUUUCGGGGUACAUCUGUUUUCAUGGAUAGAGUUGCGCAUGAGAUGUUAGCUUAUUAGCGUUAGCGUUAUUACGAGCGUGUUAUUCCUUUUACAGCUACUUCGUGUCACCUGUUUAUUCAUUCUGCUUUUUCUACAUACAAGCCACCUCAACAAGGAAAGGUUCAAGUCCGUGUUAGAAG